AACUGCCUGAAAUUUUGUCCUUAUCUUGUUUCUUAUUUUCAUGAAAAUCCGCAGAUCCAUAAAAAAUUAAAAAUCUUCUUACCUUGAUUUGAUCCCUGUAAUUAAACCCUAUACUCAUCUUCAAUCAGAGGGAAUACUAUAAUAUAAUAAAUUAAUUUCAAAUGGAAGGAUUAGGGGAAGACGCUGCCACGGCGGUGGCGCCGAUAGCGAAGUGGAAGAGCGAUUUCUCUCGGACAUUUCAGUACUAUUUGGAUCGUUCCACCCCACAUGUCACCGAAAGAUGGCUUGGAACUCUUGUCAUUGCAGCCAUUUACGUUCUGCGCGUUUACAUUGUGCAAGGCUUUUAUAUCGUAUCCUAUGGGCUUGGAAUUUACAUCUUGAAUCUAUUAAUUGGUUUCUUGUCGCCUAAGGUUGAUCCUGAACUCGAGGUUUUGGAUGGAGCCUCGUUGCCGACUAAAGGCUCCGACGAAUUCAAGCCUUUCAUCCGCCGACUUCCCGAGUUCAAGUUUUGGUACUCCAUUACGAAAGCUUUCUGCAUGGCCUUCUUGAUGACCUUCUUUUCUGUAUUUGAUGUUCCUGUAUUUUGGCCCAUAUUACUCUUCUAUUGGAUUGCUCUGUUUGUUCUCACGAUGAAGCGUCAGAUAAUGCACAUGAUCAAGUAUAAAUAUGUUCCUUUCAGUAUGGGGAAACAGAGGUAUACCGGGAAGAGGACAACUGCCAGUGGCCUGGGUUUAGUGAUGGACUGAAGGUCGUCGACAUCCUUUAAAGAAAGAGAAGAAACAAAAAGUUUCAUGCUUUUAGAUUUUAGAAGGAAGAGUCAAUUACAUAUCGGAAAAUCUGUUUUACUUUGUCGAUCGAUCGAUAUGCCUGGUCGACUAUGUUCGACAUCAAAUUAGUUAUCGUUCUUUCUCUAAGCUUCUUCCUAUGUAUUUGUCGAUACAUUAUUUUCACUGUUUGAAGUGUUGGCCCGUUUCUCCCAUAAUUUAGCUAAAUCAAUGCUCCAAAAUUAUGUUGCUUUCAUAGUUAUUUGUUGACCUGGUAUUGGCUUUGUGGAUGGUAUAAAGAAGGGUUGGCCGAAACCAAUGUUACAUUGCCAUCAGUAAUCAACCAGCCAUCAGGGAAAGCUCCCAGGAAUUCUUUUCAAGCUUGAUAACUCAAUAUUUGAAGCUUUAAAUUAUUGAAGUUGCCAAUUAUCAGGUUCUCAAUGGUAGUUGUAAACCGAGUGGAGGUGUAGCCUUGGGAAAAUUGACUUGGGGGAUGAUAUGAUAUGCCAGAUGGAUGCCUAAUCAUGCACACACGUCUUGAAUAGCAACUCUCCAACAACUGAACCACAGUAAUCUCCACAAGUUUGUUGUUUGUACUUGACUUGGAUUAGUUAAGAAAAAGAAUAUUUAAAUUUGAAAAUUAAUAUAUUAAGUUUUAUAAUAACAUUGUUCCUUAAAGAUGGCCAGCUAAUUUGUUAAAUGUUUUAUCUGUCUCUUUCCCUCGCUGGCUUUCUCCCUCCCAACAAGCUUCCAUUAAAGAUCUUCAACCACUAAUGAAAACUGAACCAGUAUUUCCUUAGAAAAAUGAGUGGAAGAACCUUUGUUGUGAUAUUCUUCUUCUGGGCAGCUCUAACAAUUAUCACCCCUACCCUUGUUCUCUGGUCAGAGUCCUCCAAACCCUACAUGGAAUUGAAUGGUAAGAGCUGAAAAUUCUUUCACUCUUUUCUUUACUUCCUCUAUGGUGUUCACGUCUGAUACCGUUUUCAUGUUGAAGGAUUGGCAUUUCUUCCUUCCAAUAUUUUGUUCAAAUGUUUUGUGGAUUUCUUGUGAUUUCUAUUUUUCAGGUCAGAAAAAUGAGGUAAUAAAGGCUAGGAAAAUGAUUGGAUAUCGAAUGAAACAAGUAAGCACUGCAACCAUAACUUCCAGUCAAUUGGAGGCAGCAGCCACAACUGAGCACCAGAACUGGAGCUGGCUUCAGGAACUUGAAAGCUGUGUCAACAAAGUUUUUCAAAAAGCAAUGCGACUACUGAUCAGGGUCAGCUAAAUUCAAUUAUAGACUUUCCAAGAAAGCGUAGGUUCGCAAUAUUCCCACCUUUUCUUAUACUUGAAGCAAUCCCUUGAUACAAGAACUCAAGUUUAUGAGGUUUAAGUUUUUCCGGUCAUUACCUAAAGAAAACAUGUAAAAGAAGAUGAGAAAGCAAACUUGCAGAUAUCUUACCCUUGUAUACAGAAAAGAACUGCACAAAAUUUACAUAUUUAUUUUUUCCCCCUAAGGUUUCUUUCCAGUGAAAGUUGGUUGGUAGAGGUAGAUAUAUUGAUGAUGAAAAAACUGAGUAGAAUAGGUGAAGGAUUCUGUUUGUUUAGAAUUCAGACUUGGCAAGCAGCAUCUUGUCUCCUGAAUAUGACAAAAUUCACGACAAAAUUCAUUUUAUGAGACUUAAAAACAUACUAUAUAAUUAAUGGUUAGAAAAAAGGCCUGUUUUACAACUUAAUAGGAUCUCCUGAGCUGAUUUUGUCUUCGUGCCAAUUGUCCAACUUUGCUACAACAAGGUUAGUUGAGGAAGCUAACAGCUGAUUUCUAAGUUCUAACUACUUAUUCGAAUUAAGUUUUCCAGAUAUAUUUAGUUAAUCAAAGACUAUCAGCUGCAAUCAGCUUUUUUAAUAAUCAGGAACUUUUGUUAUUGGGGCACGAGGUGCUAGUGGAUGAAUUAAGAUAGCUGCAAAGUUUGUCUUUUGUUCCAUAAUAUGAUUAAGGCUAGAACUAAAGUUAAAAGGGGAGAAAAAGUACUACCAAAUGGGUAAUCACAUUAUUUUUUUUUUUUUUGAAUUCCUAAUCUAUCUUUAAACCUCUCUUAUUCUAUUACUUAUCUGAUUGAAGAAACUAUUACGUGCAUAAGUUCUCUGGAAUCCAUAACCUUCAACUGCUAACUCCAAUAACAUACCAAUGGAUCCAAAGGAUAGUCGGUAAAAGUAAUCGCAUUAUUAAAUAAAACAAGUAUA